AUGGCAAAGUUUCAUCCGCUCGUUAUGACUCUAAUCAUCUACGCCGUUUCUGAUGUCGCCUUCUCCGGAGCAGUUGCAAUCUCGGCAUUCAACAUGGAGGGAAUGUGGUCCAACCCGUACUAUCCACUUCUUCACUCGGGAAUACUUCUAUUCUCGAUUCUGUCAGUGUACUUCAUUGCGUACAGUAACAUCAAGUUAGCUCUCGCGCUUCACGGACUCUUGAAACUGAUUGUAUUUUUGUGGACACUACAUUCACUGAUCUUUCCGGAAUUCUACCAAAUCACCAAACAAGAAGCUGUGGCUGUUUCCCUCUACUAUCUCCUUACCCUCGUUUUUGAGAUGACUGCAUUCUUUGUUAUCAACAAGAUGAACAUUCCUUUUGUUCAGGAUGACGAAGUCCCAGAGUACCUGGAUUACGAAGAUGAAGUCAUGGUUACCUGCUGUUAA